UGCACUGUGCAACUAUUACAGUUACAUUUUUAAUUAACGAUGCCAAGUACUUGUUGUUGUGUACCUGGAUGUCAUUUAAGAGGAGGACAUGCAUUUCCAAAUGACUUAAAAAGAAGGAAAAGUUGGAUCAACGCCAUGGCCCAUACGCAGAUUGGACGAGAACACGAUGAAAUCGUGGAGUCCAUCUCAAUCAGCUGUUGUUUGCAAGUCAUAUUUUACUGAAAAAGACUACGUGCAGGAAACUAUUCAUGGGCGCAAACCCACCAUACAGAGACUAAAGUCUACUGCCAUUCCCAGCCUAUUUUCCUGGACCAAGCAAGAGACUGAAUCGUCCGCAAAAAGAAAAAUCAGGGCAGUUUCCUGUGAAAACAAAAGAACUAAACUUGAUGAAUAUUGUAGUAGAAAUCUAGAGGAAAGUUUUGAUUGUAAAGUUGGUUUUCCUGAAGAAGUCAUUCAUACUGCAGAAAGGAUUUAUGACUGUCCACCACUAACUGCCGAGCUAAUGUUGAGCUUCACAGAUGGAAUUACGCAAACACCAUCAAUGCAUAUGUUUUCAGCAGAGAAUUUUGAAAUGAAGACACGUAACACAGCCAUGCAUUUUUAUACCUGUUUAGAGUUGUAUACUAAAUUUUUAUUUGUUUUGACCACACUUGGUCCAGCAGCACAUUGUUUGAGAUACAUAUAUUUUCAAAUUGAUAGGGUGUCAGUUGAAAAUCAGUUUUUUUAUGACUUUGAUGAAAUUGAGGCAUUACACAACCAACUUUGAACUGUCUAGAUUCUAGAUUGAAUCUAGUGUUAAGAAUAUUGUGCAUACAUGGAUUGUUUUUAUGUCUAAACAGUGGCGUGAGGCUAACACUUGACCAUCUAGUGGUUAAGUCAGGUAUUUUUCGCCAUCCAACUUCAAAUUAAAGUUUCCUACAAUUUGGAUUAUUAUUGACAGCACAGAAUAUCCCGUGAUAAAACCUAAAGCUCCUAGAGCUCAGGCAACUUUUUCAUCAUAUAAAAACAGAAACACUGAAAUUACUUGUAUGUUCGACACCUGGUGGUUUAGUCAACUAUGUC